AUGACCGACUCAUUAAAAGAGGUAUCGCAAAUUCAGGGUAUAGAAGUUGUUCAGGCGGGACUAGAACCCAUUCCUAAUCAAAACAACCCUCACCAUGUCGUCGUGCCUGUGUUAGCCAAUGAGUCCGUGCCUCGCGAAAGCAGAAUAUGUGGGCUACGCAAGAUGACCUUCUGGCUUGCUGUAAUAGUAGCAGCACUUGUCGCGAUCGUAAUCGCCUUGGCUGUUGGGCUGGGAGUUGGCCUUACUAGGUCGCAUUCUGUGUCGACGCCUCCUAUGGCGACCACCAGCUCAAAAAGUACAUCAACCCCUUCAUCAUCGCCCUCAUCCACAUCGUCAGACACAGCCUCAUCAUCCAGCACAUCAACAUCAGCUCCAUCACCAACAUCCACCACCUUCUUUAACAAAAACACAAACUAUACCUGCCCCGAUGCCAACAACACUGAAAUCAGAAAUGUCUCAGGUGGAUCGGGAAAUUCGAGCUAUUAUAUCUUCUGCGACGCUGAUAUCAGUUCAAGCUCGAAGAAAGAUCUGUCGUCAAGUGUCCAGAGCUCAUUCGCGGAUUGCCUUGCUCUUUGCAAUUCCAUGAACAACUUCCAGGAUCGGACAGAUGUCGGCUGCACAUAUAACUUUGAGGGUACGGGAAGUCAGGACAAGGGGACUUGUUGGUGCUUGAGUGGUGGGAAUAAGUCGAUUAUCACGAACGUGGGGAAUAUGGCUGCUGUGUUGUCUACUGAGAAUGCACUAUUAAACUUAUAA